AUGCCGGAGUUCGCUACAAUCUUCGACGCUGCUACAGAAUGCCGUUAUAUAUUCCGGACGGCUAUCACAACACCACGACUGAUGCACCAGGAAUGGGCCGAAAACAGACUCGCAGAUUUCAACCUUUGGGCUUCCAGUGCUGGUGCCUCUGCUACUGGAAAAGCUUCUCUGGAUUAUCGACUACGAGAGAACUUAGAUGCACAUACAAUCCUGAUAAAUCUCUUGUCGAUGCUAAGGAUCUUGGUACAGAAGUGUAUAAGCCAGGCCGGCGAAGUUGGGUAUACCGCAGCGGGACUAUCUAGCAAAGAAACUACGAGCAGAAAGGAUGAUGAAGACAAUAUAAACCAGCUCACAAGGCUCACCGUGGCCAUACGAAAGGCCGGAACGCGGGCUCGGCUUCAGAAAGCAGACAGCUCAUUCAAUCCGGACGAUUCUCAACUCGUCACCUUGCGUCAACACCUUGAGUUCCUUCUUCUGGUGCGUCCUGAUGAGCACGGAGGUUCAGACUCAUCUGGGAAGCAACUGGGUCUGGCACGAGUGAAUCCAAUCCAACAACGACUGAUAGAUGCGAACUUGAGGCGGAGAAAUCGCUUUCUGUAUGCGCAGAAGCAUGCGAGGAGAUUGGGGCCCAAUUUUAGACCCUUACAACCUACGCCAAUUGCGAUGGCACCGUUGGUAAAGCAAGUGCCACGCUCAGAAGCCUCGACGUCGGCCUACAGCGCAGGAGUCGGCGAACCAAUUCUCGGGAGUACAACAACAGCUACGAUGGUGGACGAGCCUAUCGUGAUUCCACCCAAGCAACAAGCCGCAAUAUCUACAACGACAGCCAUUUCAGUAACAACAACUCGGAUAUCUUAUCCAAAGCCUCCGGUUGUUCACGAUGAUCAAGCCCUAUUCACGUGCCCCUGUUGCUGUCAGUCUCUUCCUGUGGCGAUGGGCCGUGGCAACCAUUGGAAGAAGCAUCUGACAAGAGAUAUUUCCCCUUACACAUGUAUCCUUGAAGAAUGCCCCCAGCCUGAGUUACUUUAUGUAACCAAGGAAUCCUGGUCAAGCCAUAUGGACAAAGCACAUGGAAGUACGGAGCAAUGGGUAUGCCAGGUAUGCUCCCAGAAGAAUAUAUCUGCCUCAUUCAUAGAGCCAGUCGGGUUCACCGCGCACCUUCAGCAAGAGCACAGCAGGGGAAUUAAGCCGCAGCAGAUACCCAUGUUGCUCUCCGCAUGGCAACGCAAAGUCCCCGUCCAGAUUCCGGCAUGCCCACUUUGCUCGUUUGAUAGUGAGGACCAGAAUAUUCUGCUCGAUCACAUUGCUGAGCAUAUUCAUUCGUUAUCGCUGAGGUCGUUACCUUGGCCUACGAGAGAUGGCUCAGGGAAAACCGAUGAAGACGAGGGAGCCUCCUAUUUUGGCCAGCACCCAUAUUUUGACGUGGACAGCGCUCAACCAGAGCUCUCCUCAAGUUUGUCUGAUAUGUCCCUCUUGGAUGCAAAGUUGGAAAUCAAUUCAGGUUCAGACGCUGAAGAACCCACUUCGAACAGGGAUAGGCAGCAGCAGCAGUUGACGGAAGACGCUCUCGAACUUGUCCCAAAUAAUACAUCAAAACAGGCGAAUACGAGCGAUUGA